AUGGGCUGCUGGAAGCAAGAGAAAGGCAACACCUGGACUUUUCCCACCCUGAUCCUCUGCCUCUAUGGAUUCUUCUGCACGAUGAAACCAUCAGAACCCUUCCUAACACCCUAUCUAACAGGACCAGAUAAAAACCUGACCAUAGAUGAGGUUACCAACCAGAUUCUCCCAGUUUGGACAUACUCCUACCUUGCACUCCUUUUCCCAGUCUUCCUGGUUACAGACUACGUGCGCUACAAGCCCAUCCUCCUCCUCCAGGGCAUCAGCUUGAUCGUCACGUGGCUCUUGCUCCUCUUCGCGCACGGCGUGGUGGCCAUGCAGGUGGUGGAAUUCUUAUACGGGAUGGGGGCAGCCAGCGAGGUCGCCUAUUACGCCUACAUCUACAGUGUCGUCAGCACCCAGCACUACCAGAGAGUGACGAGCUAUUGCAGAAGCAUCACUCUUGUUGCAGCCACCCUGCCGUCGAGCUGCCAAGAGGAGAAGGGCUCCGUGCCUGCUGACAGGGGCCCAGCACCUCAACAGCCGGCUGACAAUGCCAAGCCCCAGAAUCACGUGCUCAGAGUACUGGUGCAGCUGAGCAAGGACUUGAGGGACUGCUACAGCUCGAGGAAACUUCUGUACUGGUCCCUGUGGUGGGCUCUGGCUACGGCAGGCUUUAACCAGGUUCUGAACUAUAUCCAAGUGCUGUGGGACUUCAGAGCCCCCUCCCACAGCUCUGCAGUGUACAACGGAGCUGUUGAAGCAGUAGCAACUUUUCUGAGCUCGGUAACGUCUUUCGUAGUACAAUAUAUGAAAAUUAACUGGGACCUUUUUGGAGAACUGGCUUUAGGGGUCUUCUCUGCAAUAGACGCUGGUUGUCUAUUUCUUAUGCACUUCACUACCAGCAUCUGGGCAUGUUACGCCGGCUAUCUCAUUUUCAAAGCAUGCUAUAUGCUCCUCAUAACAAUAGCAACGUUCCAGAUUGCAGUCAAUCUGAGCAUGGAGCGCUACGCCUUGAUGUUUGGAUUCAACAACUUCAUUGCACUGGUGAUUCAGACCAUUCUUACAGUAGUGGUUGUGGAUUCAAAAGGCCUGGGACUGGACAUAGUGACUCAGUUUUUAAUUUAUGGCAGCUACUUUGCAGUCAUAGCUGGGAUUUUCUUGAUCAGAAGCAUUUGCAUGCUUGUCUCAAGCAAAUGCAAAAGGAAAAUAGCAAGAUCUUGCAAAGGGCAUCUGAACCAUGCUGAACAAGAAUCAAAAGAGCAGAUUGUAACUGGGUACUCAACGUGGCUGUAG